GAUAGGAUUGCUAGUUUUGGCACCCCGGCCAUCAAUGCUUUCCAGUGCGGGCCCUGGAAGAGAGUGCACGAUGUUCUACCUCGGCGCAAGGUCAAGAAAGUCCUCGAGUUACUACAUCAAUUUCCAAGUCCAGCGCUUGUUUUUGAGCUGGCAUAGGCUGAAACUGGAACAACUGAUCUUGAACCUACACUCAGGAGAGCUGCAGAAAGUUCUACUUCUGCGGUCCAACGUGGAAUCAAAUCCGGGGCCAGAGCUUUGUUGCAUUUGUAAUAAAAAAUUUAGUAAGCGACAGAGUGCGGUCUGGUGUCACAGAGGAGGAUGGAUUCAUCUAUCAUGCUCAGAUCUUAAAUCUACGUCACAAUGGGAUAACUGCUAUGUGUGUGAAACAUGCACAUGGUGCAUACACGACUCUCAACAAACGAAUGACGAAAAUAUUGAAGAUCUUAACCUGCUUCAAUGGAGCUGCAAUGGCUCAGUGAGCAUUGAAAUGGCAGAAAUCCACCAUGAGUCAACUGGCUAUAACAGGAUAGGCGACACUAAUGACCUUGUGGUUUCCAGUAGCCCGACUUUUGGUUCAGAUAGCUUAGUUAACGAUCACUUUAAAAUUGAAAUAAAAGAAGAGCCAAAUGUGACCCAAGACUUUUGGGUGGCCGAUACUUGGACAAGCAUAGAAGCUCUGGAAUGGAUUGUGGAAAUUGUCACAAAUCUCUAUCUAAAUUUUGAUCUCAAGCAGCGCUACGAAAGAUAUUGCAAUUUAAAUGUGGACGAUUUUUUUCAAGACGUGGAAAUUGAUGUCUCAAUUGGAGACAUACACGAGAGCAUGGAUAAAUUAGUGUUCUUCUGGCCAAAAAGAAUAUACAUGUAUGAGCUCCUUCUCAUACAUCAAAAAAGGCGUGAACAGCAGGACGAAGAUGAGCAAUCGGAUCCUGAGGAUUACGGAUCAAGACGGUAUCAAGAUGCUAUCAAUUAUUAUCGAUAUGAGAGACUACUUAUAUCCAAGCGCGAUUCCAAGCGAAAAACAAAACAAAACAGUGGCUUUUUGGUGAGAGAAAAACCGAGAGUAAGCCUCAAAUUCCGCUGCCUGUUGGGUGAUACGACAUGGAGAGCAAGAAACAAGGAAAGAGCUCGAAAAAGGAAGCACCAGUUCUUUUCUGUGCCAUAUCGACACAUGGGUCGGAAAAAGAGGAGAAAAAAAGUAGAAAUGGCGAAUUGCAAUAUUGAGCAGAAUUCAUGCGAGCAGCAUAAUGAUAUUCGAGUUUCAAAUGAGCGAGAGGACAUAACGACAACUGAAACUGCAGGCGCUGAUCUACGGGAUGUUGCAUCGGCUCAAAUGGAUCCCUCUUGUAAUCAUUUAUCUUCAACUCAGGAAUUUGAGAUCAACCCUCGUCAACGCGAUAAAGGUGCUGAAAUACAGAAUUUUACAUCGGCUCAAAUUAAUCUCUCUGAAUAUCAUCCAUCUGUGACUCAAAAAUUCCAGAGCAACUAUCUCCAACGUGAUGAAGGUGUUGAUCAGCAAGAAGUUCUUUUGCCUCACAGUAUCUCCUCAAAUCUACACGAUGAAGUCGGCAUUCAGCAGCAAAUUACAUAUCAUACAGUUUCUCCCUCCAAGUGCAAUUCCGCUGAACCUCAACGACAUCGACGAAAAAAUGUGCUGAAAUCCAACAUUCUGAUUGCAGACCAAAAGAAACCAAAAGAAGCUGAAGAAAAGCAUCCAUAUCUCAAAAAAUUAAAAUUUCAUCCUUUUUGCGUCUUGAAGCAGCCUGGUCGUCCCGAAGUUUCCUUGGGUUUUGAUAUAGAUCGACUUCGACAACAGGGUAAUGAAAAAAGAGACGACAAUGAAAUGCUUCCUCCCACUACUAAUAUUGAAGUUCCUUCGGUUGUUUUUCUCGACUGACAGAACAGUUCCUGAGCUUUUGAGCGCAAUUCUUCGGAUAGAUCAGGUGCAGAAAAUGGUAAUUAUCAGACUUGGAGAGACCUAAGCUCAGUUCACUCAGAAGGUGCAAUAUCACUGGAAACAAAAUACGGAAAACUUAGCCACUACCCUGAUAGUUAUCUAGAACUUUCGUUUUCUAUUUGUUCUUUUUGAAGUUAAAUUUAAUGAGAUAUUGAAAUUUCAGAAAAUA